UUUGUCCAGGGGCCUGGAGGAUGAUCCUGUGGUAUGUUUGCAGAGGGUGUGUUCCGACUUGUACCUUUGUUUUGCCUGGGUGUUGCCGAACGUUUACGGGAACAAAUGCAGAGUCAGAUACCCAUAGCUGCAUUCUGAACCUGAACGGGAAGGAGGAGGAAGAGUGGGUCCUUGGAGGAUGAGCAGUGGACAAAACUAAACAGCUGGAGAAAUGAGUGAAGGAUCCAGAAGUGACUAUGCGUCUGGACAUCUUCUGUCAUACUCUGAUAGAUCCACCGAGAACCAAGAUGCACACAGUCCAAAAACGUCAAAGCCCAGAUCAAGCCCUGACGUCCCCAGCCUGUCUCGCUGCGCUGCCUGCUACAACUCCGUGCCUCGAUGGGGGGGCAAUGGUGAGUCAAGCUCUUCAGCCGAAGACUCUGGACCAGAGAUAGACUGUGAGUCUGAACCAGAGUCUAGCUCCAGCAGCAGCAGCAGCGGCGGCUCUGGUGAUGCUUUAGCAGACACACCUGAGCAGCCUGAAGCAGAGAGGCAGACCCCUGAAUGUGGACAGCCCAAAUCUGGAGGACAAGAUGGCGACGAGACGCAGGAGACAGUAUUGAGCCAGGAUGAGGGAAAAAGGAAGAUUCGAAGAGCUCCGCUUGUCAAGUCGUCCUCCUUGCCAGCCUCGUUCACCCCUCACUCCACCCCUCUCUCUGUGCUGCCCUUCCGUCCUAGGGUCGUCUCCACCCUUCACCUGCAGGUGUUGCCUCAGACACAGGACGAGGAAACGUCAUACACCAUCCGGGAGUGCUUUGCGGAAAACACAAAGAGAGAAGAAGCAGAAGGAAGAGGACUAAUCAACCAUCCGCCGCCCUGGCCACCGUUUCAGUGGCAGCACUUGGGGUUACCGUGGCAACAGUGGUCACAGCCUACAUUACAUCCGUCACCCUUGUACCAGCAACCACCACAUCGGCCGCCUUACCCACAAGAAGCACCACCUCAGCCCUUUUUCCCAGCCCAGGGUCAAAUGUUAAUGCCGCCCCCUCAGGCGCUUCCUGUCUUACAUCCCCCGACGCUCCACACACCCCCAACACAUCUGCACACACUCACUCAACAUCCCUACUGGUACUGCAACCGUAUGAACUUUUCUUACCCGCACUGGAAUCACUACAGUAGAGCACAGCUACAUAAGCACAAUCGGCCGUUUAACAUGUGAAACCUUGAAUAAAGAGGGGUUAAUAUGA